UUUCAGCUGUUACGCUUCAGGACGUCUGACUCUGCUGCUUUCCUCCUCGCGGACAGACAACGCAACAAAUGACCACCAACAGCCAGUACAUGUUUUAAAAAAAAAAGCAGGUUUAGCUUAGCCCUGCGCAGCUGUAGGCCGACGAAACAGAGCUGUCAAAAUGUCACAAGCGGUGUCGUUAGCUAACCCAUGACUAAUUCACGUCGAGUGUCAAUUUUGUUACCUUUAUUUAUUUAUUUUAGACUUAUAUGACAACGACAGUAGGAUAAACUGCCAAAUAUCAGCACAAGCAGGUGGAGCUAAUGGCAAUGAAUGACGUAUAUUGUACACAGAGGAGAAGCUGGGCCAGGCGGAGAGGACGGAGUUAGAUGCUCACUUUGAGAACCUAAUGAGCCGCGCUGACUGCACCAAACACUGGACAGAGAAGAUCUACAAACAGACCGAGUACCUGCUGCAGCCCAACCCAAUUGAUCAUACUGGUGCCAGGAUUGAGGAGUUUCUCUAUGAAAAGCUGGACAUGAAGGCACCCUCCAGAGUGACCAACGCAGAGCUGCUGGGUCAGUAUAUGGAAGAUGCAGCAAAGGAGUUUGGGCCCGCUACGCCAUAUGGGAGCACGUUGAUGAAGGUUGGGGACUGUGAGAGGAGGUUAGGAGCAGUAGAGCGAGAGUUCAUACACACCUCAGCCAUCAGCUUUCUCACUCCCCUCAGGAACUUCCUGGAAGGAGACUGGCGAACCAUUUCAAGAGAGCGCCGCCUGCUGGAGAAUCUCCGCCUGGACCUGGACGCCUGUAAAGCACGAGUGAAGAAGGCAAAGGCGGUCGAAGCCAAGGCAGCGUGCGACGCUGCAGUGGGCCCAGACUUCCAGGAAACCAGACCUCGCAACUAUGUCCUCUCUGCCAGCGCCUCUGCGCUCUGGACUGAGGAAGUGGAAAAAGCUGAACAGGAUCUCAGACUGGCACAGUCAGAGUUUGAUCGACAGGCAGAAGUUACACGGCUGCUUUUGGAAGGCAUCAGUAGCACGCAUGUGAACCACCUGCGGUGCCUGCAUGAGUUUGUGGAGGCGCAGGCUGCUUAUUAUAAGCAGGGCCAUCUUCAUAUGCUGGAGCUACAGAAGGAGCUGGGAAGGCUUCCCAACGCCUUCGCUCUUAACUCCAGUCACGCCGCGGCUACUCCAGGCAGCGCCUCUGAAGCCAUCGACAGCCCAGGGGAGACCGAGACGCUGAAGAUCGAAGAAGUUCAGGCGCCAGCGACGGGCACACGCAAGGCCAAAGUGCUUUAUGAUUAUGAUGCUGCAGACUCAAGUGAACUCUCCCUUCUGGCUGAUGAGCUGAUCACGGUUUACACGGUGCUGGGAAUGGACUCGGACUGGCUGAUAGGAGAGAAAGGGAACCAGAAAGGAAAAGUGCCCGUCACAUACCUGGAGCUUCUCAGUUAGAGUGCGCACCUGGUGCAUGUGCAUGGGUGUGAGCAGGCACAACUGAAGCGUUACUUCAAGGGACAGCCCACUUGCACUAACAAGUAAGCUUCGGUAACACUCCUCUACUAUCCGACUUAGCAAAAGCUGCAGAUGCUCCUUUGACCAAUGACGUAACGGCGGCGUGACAACGAGAGCAGGAAAUUCCCAGGCUGGGAUCAGUGACAUUCCUUUGCGAUGAGUUUUGGUGAUUCAUUACUAUUGUUAUAAUAAUGUCAUUGAUAUUUUUCUAUUUAUUGAUGUGCAUCUCAAAGGUUUAAUCAGGAUUUCUGAUGCUAAUGUAUUUAUUUUCCAAGUGUUUUCUUGGUUUUGCCUUUUGUUUUUAUAGUGUCCAGGGUGAGGAAAGACUUCCCUAACAGUACACGUUUCUGCUUUUUCUAAUGUUUAUUCUGCGUUAGUAGGCUGUUCUUCAAAGCUGUCAUAUUGUGUCUUUACAUAGAGCGACAAAUGAUGUCGGUCAUGCAGUUUCAUGUCGUCAGUUCAUUUGGUUUAAAGUGUGCUCAAAAGUUUAGGAAGUGAAACCCGAUUGUGCUUGAAUCAUGCCUUGUUGACGUCCUAAUUCCCUAAAUCACCAAUGGUCCCGCGAUAAGGCUGAAAACGGCUCCGUUGUUUCACAGGAAGGCUGAAUAUUUUUUUUUUUUUUUUUUACCAUUAAACACUGCAUAGAGGGCAGAAUUCACGUCUUUAGACCUUAACAUCCACUGAAGAGUUCAUGUGCAGCAGAAAUUGGCAAACAACGCUCCUCUGGUAUUCUUUUUUUCUAUCUGGGACUGUUCAGGGGAAGAUUUGCCUUAACUGCUGUGGGGAAAAAAAAAGAAUGUUUUUCAGCAAUAUUGCUUGCUUCAUAGCUUUCCACUAUAGAGUGUGCAUCCCUGUUGAGCGAAUAAAAACACCUGCCUUACAGCGAUAGAAGUGCGCGUCUCACAGAAUGUGCUCUUCAAGCCUCAGCCAGCAUGCAACAGCGUACCUUCCCUGCAGUAUACCUGUGUUUGUUCAGGUAGUUUUAGCGUUUUCUUUUAACACCUGUUGGUGCCCCGUUUGUUUACUCGUACCUCGAAGUGUCCUGGGCCGUAGUGCUGCAUGUGCUACAAACUGCUGUAGUCGCCUGUCUCGCUGGAAGUGUGAGGGGUGAAUUAAGGAUGUGAGAGCUAAACGUCUUUGCACCAAACCUCACAUCCAGUCUGUGUAUGCAUGAGCCUUUAUUGGUAUUAUUGAGUUUUUGUGAAAUACGCAUAAGGCUGUUUUAGCUCCAGAACACGACACACAGAGGAUGCGGCGGAAUGUAACCACCUUGCCUCACUUGUGUUUCUCCUUUUUAACAAAUAUGCUACUGAUAUACCUUUUUGUUUUGUUGCUGUUAUUGGUUUCUGUGCCUGUUCCUACCUAAAUCAGUAAAAAAUGUAAUAAAAUGGAUUAUUUAUUUGAAA